GCUCGCCAUUGUGCCGUAGGCGACGCCCCUGUCCCCGCCCAGAGGACGGCAGCCCCGCCGGGUCGCCGCCCGUCUGGCCGGCCUAACAGCGCUCCGCCGGGCGGGCAGCCGCUGGCGCGGGGCCGGCGCGGGGAUGGAGGGGUGCCAGCUGAAGAGCCCGGUUACCAUUAAGGGGAUCGAAAGGGAGCUCAUCUGCCCAGCAUGCAAGGAAUUAUUUACCCAUCCGCUGAUCCUCCCAUGCCAGCACAACGUGUGUCAUAAAUGUGUGAAAGAAAUACUCUUUGCAUUCGAAGACUCUUCUGUUGAUGGAGGGUCUGAAUCCUCUAAUCAGAGUAGCCCUCGAAUUAGAAUCACUGCUAGUGUGGACAGAAUUGACAGGAUUACUAGAUCAGGCAGAAAACACAAUUCAGUGACUUCUAGAUUGAGUCUAUUUCCUUGUCCGGGUUGCCAGAGGAAUAUUGAUCUUGGAGAACGUGGCAUCAAUGGCUUAUUUCGCAACUUUACUUUGGAAACGAUCGUGGAAAGAUACAGACAGGCAGCCAGGGCAGCCAUUGCUAUUAUGUGUGAUUUCUGCAAGCCUCCACCUCAAGAAUCCACUAAGAGCUGCAUGGACUGCAGUGCAAGCUAUUGCAAUGAAUGUUUCAAAGUACACCAUCCUUGGGGAACUGUGAAAGCCCAGCAUGAAUAUGUAGCACCAACCACCAACUUCAGACCUAAGAUUUUGAUGUGUCCAGAACAUGAAAUGGAGGGGGUGAACAUGUACUGUGAAAUCUGCAGAAGGCCUGUUUGUCACCUUUGUAAACUGGGUGGAUAUCAUGCAAACCAUAGAGUAACAACCAUGAGCACUGCCUACAAAACCCUUAAGGAGAAACUUUCAAAAGAUAUCAAGUACCUCAUCAGUAAGGAGAGCCAGGUGAAAGCUCACAUCACCCAGCUGGAUCUGCUGCUGAAAGAAACGGAGUGCAACAGUGAAAGGGCUAAAGAAGAAGCAUCUCAGAGUUUUGAGAAAUUAUUUCAUGUCCUGGAAGAGAAGAAGUCUGCAGCCCUUAGGGCAAUUGAAGCUUCUAAGACUUUAAGGCUGGAGAAAUUGCAAAUGCAAGCAGAAGAAUACCAGGGGCUCCUGGAAAAUAAUGGCCUUGUCGGAUAUGCCCAAGAAGUGCUUAAAGAGACUGAUCCAUCUUGUUUUGUUCAAACAGCAAAACAACUUCACGUCAGAAUCCAAAAAGCUACCGAAUCUCUGAAGAGCUUCAGGCCAGCAGCUGGAGCUACUUUUGAAGACUUUGUGGUGGACAUCGCCAAGCAAGAAGAGAUCCUUGGUGACUUGUCUUUCCAUUCCAAUGGUCUGGAAAUACCAGAGAUCAAUGAAGAGCAAAGCAGAAUAUACAACCAAGCUCUGAUCAGCUGGGAAUGCCCUGGGAAUGUCGACUCGGCUGAUAUCUAUGUCCUUGAAUAUCGUAAGCUUAAUAGAGAAGACGAGACUGAGAUGUGGCAGGUCGAAGUUUGCAGCAAGAGCAAAGUAAUAUCUGAUCUUGAUGAUGACAGCAGCUAUGCCUUUAGAGUUCGUGGAUAUAAAGGCUCCAUCUGUAGCCCUUGGAGCCGAGAAGUUGUUUUGCGUACUCCUCCAGCUCCAGUUUUCAGUUUUCUUUUUGAUGACAAAUGUGGGUACAACAGUGAACAUCUCCUGCUGAACCCAGGAAGAACCUCUGUGGAGAGCAGGGCUGGAUUUCCUCUGCUGCUGGGAUCUGAGCGCGUGCAGGUCGGAUGCUACACAACCUUGGAUUACAUCAUUGGUGACACUGGGAUUGCCAAAGGGAAGCACUUCUGGGCUUUUCACGUGGAAGCCUAUUCAUACCUGGUGAAAGUGGGAGUUGUUUCUAGCCACAAGAUAAAUAAAUUGUUCCAUAAUAGCCAUGACGUGACCAGCCCAAGAUACGAGCAAGACAGUGGUCAUGACAGUGGGAGUGAAGAUACCUUCUCUGACUCAUCGAAGCCUUGCACUCUGGUCACUUUAGGCAUGAAGAAGUUCUUCAUCCCCACGACACCUGCUGCCCCCAAGGAUCCAGCAAGCAGAAUCCUUCCCCUGCCAUCGUGCUUGGGCAUCUGCCUUGAUUGUGACAAUGGCAAGGUGGGGUUUUAUGACGCAGACCGCAUGAAAUGCCUUUAUGAGUGCAAGGUGAACUGCUCUGGCAUAAUGUACCCAAUGUUUGCCUUAAUGGGUGGCGCAGCCAUUCACCUUGAGGAAGCUGUCACAGCGAAGUAUGAGGAGUACCACGACAACGUUUAGUGCAGUAACCUCUUUCUAUUGCUGCUCUGAGAUGGAGAAUGACGGCAGGAGAGCUCUACCUUGUCCCGAUUAAUUAUGUUCUACAUAUAUGUUGCUCACAAGUCUCUCUGUCAUGUCUUUUUUAAACGCGUUGUCCAGACACUUCCCACACCAGUGUGAACUGUUCUGGGAACUCUCCUGCCUUUCUCGUGAUCUGUGUGAUGCUGUUCUCUACGGACUUUCUUGGCAGGAGGAAGCAGGAAAGAAGUUUAACUAGCAACCAAGAUCACUCCUCAUGGGUAGAAAUCUGCCUUCUAUGUAACUUAAAUUCUUACGUAGUCAGUUUUGCACUUAAUGAACAAAGCUGACAGCGUGUGAUUGCUGUUCUCCUUUUAAGAUACCUGCCUGAAAUGCCUCUGAGGGAUCAAACGCCUUCCAAAUAACCCCAGAGCACCGGGGUUGGGCCUUUCAGCACGAAAAAUUAUACACCAGACAGAAGUCGGAACUGCAUAUGAACGUUUAGCUUGUAUUUGGAAAGAGAAGGGUAAACUAGAAUACGAUUGCAUGUCAUAUACCUUUGAUGUGGCUGUAAGCUAGAACUCUGACACCUGGCGUCAUGCAGUUGGUGGCAUAAUGAUAAGUUUCUUUACUCUUCUGGGCUUUUACUAUAGGCUGUAAACAAUAGAGUGCAAUUCUACUUGAAGUACAGAAUUCAAUGUCCAAAAUCAAAGGUGUUUGCAUGUGUGAGUAGUUGUACCUGGUAUUUAGGCAAAAGCAAAUGAGUUCUUGACAUCAGUUGUAAUAUGUGAACGUUAAAUAAUCAGGUAUUUCUUAAUUUUUUUUAUCUAGUAGCAGCUUGUUUUUCUAGUAAGAAUGUAAAAAAUGCACUGAUUAAGUUAUGAGACCCUAUUUCUGCCUUAAAGGAUGUCUCCCCUCAAAUUUCUGUUCCCGUCAUGUUAAAAACUAUCCCACGGUAGUUCUUCAUAGAAACACAGAACUACAGAUCGGUUUGGGUUGGAAAAGACCUUUCAAAAUCAUCUAGUACAACCCCCUGCCAUGGGCAGGGAUAUCUUUCACUAGAUGAAGUUGUUCAAAGCUCUCUUCAACCUGACGUUGAGCACUUCCAGAGAUGGGACAUCCACAGCUGCUCUGGGCAGCCCGUUCCAGGGUCUUCCCACCUUCAGUGUUAGAAAUGUCUUCCUUAAAUCUGAUCUAAACACACCCUUGUUACCUUUAAAACCGUUGCCCCUGGUCCUGGCUUUACCAAGGCCUGUAGAAAGUUUCUCUCCAUCAUUCUUGCAAGCCCUCCUUAUCUACGGAAAGGCCACAGUGAAGUCUCCCUGGGGCCUUCCCUUCUCCAGGCUGAGUAAGGCCAACUCUCUCAGCCUUUCCAGGGUGUUCCAGCCUUCUGAUCAUUUCUGUGGGCCUCCCCUGGACCUGCUUCACGCUGGGGGCCUCAGAGCCAGAUGCAAUACUCCGCGUGGGGUCUUAGGAGAGCAGAGUGGGAGAAUCCACUCCCUUGCCCCUCUGGCCACCCAGCAGCCCAGGAUGCAAUUGGCUUUCUGGGCUGUGGGUGCGCAUCGCUGGUACAAGUUCGAUUUUUCACCCACCGGGAUGUCCAAGUCCUUCUCUGCAGGGCUGCUCUCCAUCCCCAGUCUGUAUUGAUACCAGGAGGUUGCCCUGACCCGGGUGCAGGACCUUGCGCUUGGCCUCGGUGAACCUCAUGAGGUUCACAUGGGCACACUUCUCAAGCCUGUCAUGGUCCCUCUGGCGACUGAACUGCUCAGCUUGGUGUCAACUGCAGACUUGGUAAGGGUGCACCAAAUCCCACUGUCUGCUCUUAGUGGAGGUACUACCAGUGCCAGUAGAAACCCCUCCCUGAGGGACACCACUUGUUCCUGGUUUCCACUUGCAUGCUGAGCUGUUGACUAUAAAACUCUUUGCCCAUGGCCACCCAGGCAGUUCCUGCUCCAUCCAUCAAGCCCAUCCCUCUCAAAUUUAGAGGGAAGAAUGUUGUGGGGGAUCAUAUCAAAGGCCUGACAGCAGUCCAGGUAUAUGUCAUCGGUAGCUCUUCCCUUGUCCGCUGAUGCAGCCACUCCACCACAGAAGGCCACUAGAGGAGUCAGGCACAAUUUGCCCGUGGUGAACCCUUGCUGGCUGUCGCUAAUCACCUCCCUGUCUUCCGUGGGUUUUGAGAUGCCUUCCAGGAGGAUCCGUCAUGUGCUCUUACUGGCCACGGCGGUGGACUGCAUCUGUCGAUAGAAAUCUCUGUGAAAAAACAUGGGGGUUACUUGCACUGUUAACUUGUGGUGUGGAAAAAUCAGGAUCUAAAGUGACGGAUGUUUCUAAUACAUACUCGGUGCUUUCUAAUUUGGGGAUAUGCUUUCUAAUUUGGGGAUAGUGUUGCGUCUUGAUGAGUGUGUGUGAGAAGUAUGCUUACUAAGUACAUGUAUACAGCUGUAGAGCUAUGAAAUGGGACCUGAAAAAUCACAACACACUUAGAAGAAUGUAGCUCAUAAUGCAAAACCUUUGUGCCCUUUGCUGUCUGAACUGUCGCACUGACCUGACCCAGAGCCCACCCCUCCCAGUGUCCGCUCUCCCAGGCCUCUGCCUGGUGGCCCCUGUCACCUCUAAUCGGCAGGAACAGUAUCUGGCCAAAAUGCCAUCCGUGCCAAGGUGAGCACGACAGCCCUGUCGGGGCUAGAAAGGCCCAGCAAGGGCACCUUCUUGUUGGGGUCUCACCCGCAAAUGUUUCUGCCUUAGUGAGGCUGUGUGGAAGCCUGCUGCACAGCUUCGUUGUGUGCUUGUAUGAGAAGCACUUGGGCGUCCCAGGCAGCAGCGGGGGAAGCAGUGGGUAUCUCCUGGAACUUUCUCCUGCAGGAGAAAUGGCAAAUUGUCCCUCGUUACUUAUCCUGUGGGUCAUUGAUUUUUGUAAAAGGUGGUUAUCGUAGCCUUUCUUUCCCACUAUGCCCUCCCCUUCACAUUUCCUCCUGCUGUACUGGUAACCAUCCUGCUACCCUUCUUUCUCCUCUCAUCUUCUAAGGCUGACUAAAGGAGUCUUCCAUACAUGCACUCAGGCAAAGUCAAGGAUGGCACAAUUCUGUGUUUUCCUUCUUUUCAUAGUCCUGAAACUGUAUUUGCCCUUUUGGUCAAUACCGAAUAUUAAGCUGACAUUCACAAAGGUGGUUCCUGCAGUAUUUUCCACACAGUCCUGUGGUCUAGUUGUACGUAAGCCAUGCAGAUAAGGGUUUCCCCACCUUGUGUGAAUUCUGCAUUUGUUAAUGUUGAGUUUCCUCUGCUCGUUUACCUGAUCACUUAGUCCUGAGGCUCCUGCAGCUCGUCAUUCACUCCUAGACUUGAAUGUUCCCGAGUAGCUUCAUAAGUAACACAAAUGUGAUCCUUUUUUGUUUGCUUGCUUUUCCAGAUCUUGGAAAGUUGUAAGUGAGAGUCAGAAAAUCUCUUUCUGCUGUUAAAAUUGGUUGUUCCUUCUACUUUUUUCCCUCUCGUUUAAUAAACCGUGAUUGGCUGGGCAAGCGCUGAAAACCUUUACACAUUACUACGCUGUGUUGAGUAGGUGGCUGACGUUCUUGUGUGUGUGAGCCCAGCAGUCAAACAGACCCAGGAGACAGGAUUCUCUCUUCGGUAGCUGUGAUUCUCCCAUUGCACAGUCACCAUUUGCCUGUUCAUCUAUGAAACCCAGUGUCUGUCAGCUGAAGGCUGUAGAUCACAGUGUUGAACUUUCCAGUUUGUUGUUCCCAGGCUAGAUGUCCUUCCAUAGACAAAUGCAUCAUUUUUGGUUCCUCUGUUUCAGAAACUGGUCUAAACUAGAGGUUUUGCGUCAUGGUUAGCACUGCCCAGUUCCACAUUUGGAUGCACCUGGACCAAUACCAUGAGGCUGCGGCGUUUUGUUAGUUCAUAGAAAGAUGCAUAAUCUGGAACAACUCCAUCUUGGACACGAAGACGGUCUCUCAGACUCAUUUAUUAAAAGAUAAAUUGAGAUUUACUGGUUUGAGAAUAUAGAAGUAAGACAUAAAAAAUUUGUCCUGUCUUCCGCCGCCCCCCCCCCCCCCCCCAUUAGCUUUAUCUAGCUUUAUCUUACUUUCAUUUAAGAUUUGCUGUGCUAUGCAAUUACUUACUCUACUGGACAGAGCCUGAUACUAUUUUAAACAUUUAUCUGCCUUUUGGUAUGUCUGCUUGUAUUUAUUUCGUUCUGAGUUUAAAAAUGGAUUUGGCUUUUGGUGUUACUUGAAUACUUAGGAUGCAUUCAUGACAGUACUCUGUGGUGCUUACUCCACCGUAUUAAAUGACCCCCCCCCCCCACUGUCAGAGGCACUGGCAACUCACUGUCAGAGUUGUUCGGCUACAAUGGAAGCGUCACAUUUCAGAACUACAGUUCAGCAGUACUUGGCUAUCCAGAUACUUAUUUUUCCAGAACAAUUUUCUUCCUACGGAACAGCACUUUACAAUGUAGACUAAGCUAAGAAUGGUGUGGUAUUGUGUGGAUCUUUGUGCAAUAUAGCUGUUUGGUGACUACUGUGUGAUUUGCAAAGCUCCAUGCAGGUGUGAAUCAUGUAGACACUUUUUAGAUAUCUAAAGCUUUAAAAAAACAGCCUUGUUUAAAAAUAUCCUGAAAUGUAAACAUGAUGUGUGUGGUUCUUAUUCUUUUUUUUUUUUUUUUUUUUGAAUAAAAGCUGAAAAUACA